AUGCUCUGCGCAAUCUCUGGCGAAGCUCCCCGCGAACCCGUUGCCUCGCGCAAAUCGGGCAACGUCUUCGAAAAGCGCCUCAUCGAAGCCCACAUCUCAGAACACCACACCGACCCCGUUACUGGCGAGGAUCUCGCGACGGAGGACCUCAUCGAGCUCAAGUCGCCCAAUGUCGUCACUCCGCGCGCGCCCAACUUCACCUCGAUACCCGCCAUGCUUAGCGCCUUCCAGAAUGAGUGGGAUGCGCUGGUUCUGGAGACGCAUACGCUCAAGCAGCACUUGGCGCAAACGAGGCAGGAGCUGAGUACUGCGCUGUACCAGAACGAUGCGGCGACGAGGGUCAUCGCGCGGAUAUCAAAGGAAAGGGACGAGGCGCGCGAGGCGUUGUCCAACGUCACCAUCAGUGGAAGCGGCCAGGGCGAUGCCAUGCAGGUGGACGGCCAGGGCCUGCCUCAGCAGCUUGUAGCUCUUGUGGAAGAGACACAGCAAGAACUCUUCGGCACCCGACGAAAGCGACCUGUGCCGGCAGACUGGACCUCUGGGGACGCCAUCUCCAACUACGACGUUGCCAAAACGACCGAAUCUCUAUACCCAGGCAGCACCAAGAUUGCGGUCAACGAGGCACAGAACGUGCUAUUCGGUGGAGCGGAUGGCACCACGGGCGUCUACUCACUGACCCAGGGCAAGGUCCUGGAGACAUUUAAUGCAGGCAGCGCAGUCACAUCGGUGGCAUGGUGGGGAGAGCGCGCCCUUGUUGGGACAUCGGCAGGCACAGUCAAGGUGUUCUCCAACGGGGAUGACGUUGCGCAAAUAGCUUCUCACGCCGGAGCUGUCACGUCCAUGUCCGUACAUCCCAGCGGCAAGAUGCUCGCAACCGCCGGCGCCGACAAGCGAUACGCCAUCCACGAACUUACAACCUUCAAGACGGUCUCGCAAGUCUACGUCGAAGCCGAAAUCACAUGCGUCUCGUUCCACGUAGACGGCAUGCUUUUCUUCAUCGGAAGCUCCGACGGCAACAUCCGCAUCUACGACAUCAAAACUGGCACACAAAUGGCCGAACUCGCCACUUCGGCUCCCGUCGUUGAUCUCAAGUUUUCUGAGAACGGAACUUGGUUCGCCGUCGUACAGGAAAACUCGUCCAGUGUCGCGAUUUGGGACAUCAGGAAGCAGGCUGCCAUCCACACGCUUGAAUCUGGCAGCCCGGUUAAUAGCGUUAGCUGGGACUACACCGGCCAGUUCUUGGCAAUUGGUGGAACUGGCAGUGUUUCGGUGCAGCAGUACACCAAGGCGACGAAGAGCUGGGCUGAGCUUGUCAGGAAGGCAGCGCCAGCAAAGGAUGUCGCUUGGGGUGGCAGGGCCGAGAAUGUUGUGGCACUGACCACCGAGGGUGGUUUGGCAGUGCUGACAGCGCCUUAG